GUGUCAAAGUUCACUAUAUAGAGAGCUCGGUGAGCUGAUCAGAGAGAAAGCAUUCUGCCAGCCCAGCGCCUCCAAAUCGCAAUCACUUCCUAACCUCCCCCUUUUUAUCAUAUUUGAUCACUUUGAUUCUCCGUUCUCUUCACUUAUUAUUUCUGCUACACGCAAAGGAAGCUCAGUAGGUUGCGCUCUCAUUUUUUUGUUUCCUUAUCGCUGUCGCUAGCCUGCAGAGUUGACUUCAUAUUUGACUCGAGCAAACAGGCUUGGGUUUGCGCGCGGCGGCUAGCACUACCUCAUCUGGAAGAAAAAAAGGAAGAAACGGCGAUAUUUGGGUCCAGUUGUUGGUUAUUUUGCAACACUUCAAGACUGGAACUUGAUGUGUCGCUUGCCAGUUUCUGUAAUCUAUAAGAGUUCUAUUUUCAGCGAGACUGAACGUCGUUAUAACGUCGAAGUUAUACUGGCCCCGUCUUUUUAGCAGACUCUUGCUUUUCUUUGGUCGUCGUAUAUAUUUUGCAGUUUAAUUUUUUUUUUCUUCUACGGCUUUCCUGAAUGGAUGACUGCAAGCGCCCCUGGACGUGGCCUCUAAGAGCAGGACUGCGAUUCGGCUCGUCUUCGUGUCAGUUCUAACCACAGGCAAGUCCAAAAGCGGGCUACGAUUCGUCGUUGGCGCGAGUUUAACGAGUGGGAUAAAAGCACAGGUUGCAUUAUUUCUUCGCCCGUUCAAAACACCUUGACGUGCUGCUUUGCUUUAGAACCAGGGGCACCACGACACGCCAACAGCAAAAAACAACAACUACUACUACAACAACAACAACAACAACAACAACAAAGCAAAAGCAAAAACGGACAACACAAAGUUGCUGACUGAUUAGAUAUGGCAAUGGUAGUGUGGAGAGGCUCCCAGGACGAUGUGGCCGAAACGCAGGGCGCCCUCUCCUCGCAAGCCCAAGGCGGACUAACCCUUGCGACCCCUCAGCCGAGCCAACUGAACCUCACGGCCUCGCAGGUUGCGCCUCCGACCCCUCAAACUCCCGUACAAGGAGCGCCGAACAGCAACGCACAGUCCACGCCAACAAACCAGACGUCGCAGAGUCAGUCAGACAAACAGCAGCAGCAGCACAUCGAGUGCGUGGUGUGCGGCGACAAGUCAAGCGGAAAACACUACGGCCAGUUCACAUGCGAGGGCUGCAAAAGCUUCUUCAAGCGCAGCGUGCGGCGCAACCUCACAUACACGUGCCGCGCCAACCGGAAUUGUCCCAUCGACCAGCACCACCGAAAUCAGUGUCAGUACUGUCGCCUCAAAAAAUGCCUCAAAGUUGGCAUGAGACGGGAAGUUUCUCUUUUUGCAGCGGUCCAGAGGGGCAGGAUGCCACCCACGCAACCGCACCAUGGCCAGUUCGCCUUGACUAACGGGGACCCGCUGCACUGCCAUUCCUACCUAUCGGGAUAUAUCUCUCUGCUGCUGCGUGCAGAGCCCUACCCCACGUCGCGCUAUGGAAGUCAGUGUAUGCAGCCCAACAACAUCAUGGGCAUCGAGAACAUUUGCGAACUGGCGGCCCGCAUGCUGUUCAGCGCUGUGGAGUGGGCCAGGAAUAUUCCCUUCUUCCCCGAUCUUCAGAUCACAGACCAGGUGGCUCUGCUCCGGCUCACCUGGAGCGAGUUGUUCGUCCUCAACGCGGCCCAGUGCUCCAUGCCACUGCAUGUAGCCCCUCUGCUAGCCGCCGCAGGUCUCCACGCCUCCCCCAUGUCCGCGGACAGAGUGGUCGCCUUUAUGGAUCACAUUAGGAUCUUCCAGGAGCAAGUUGAAAAGCUCAAAGCAUUACAUGUCGACUCGGCCGAAUACAGCUGCUUAAAAGCCAUCGUGUUAUUCACCACGGAUGCUUGCGGUCUGUCAGACGUGGCCCACAUCGAAAGCUUGCAGGAGAAGUCGCAGUGUGCAUUGGAGGAAUACGUGCGGAGCCAGUACCCUAACCAGCCUACGCGAUUUGGAAAGUUAUUACUACGCCUGCCUUCUCUACGCACAGUGUCCUCUUCGGUCAUAGAGCAAUUGUUUUUCGUCCGAUUGGUAGGUAAAACCCCAAUUGAAACCCUCAUCCGGGAUAUGUUGCUGUCAGGGAGCAGUUUUAACUGGCCAUACAUGUCUAUUCAGUAAUCAAAAGGAAGGAUCGAAAAUGGGCGUCCUCUAGUUAGCGCUUCUUUUUGUAGAAGAAACCGGCGGUUACACGAGUUACUUUCACGGAAAGGAGACGUUUUUCAUAAGUGACUGUGAAUUCUCAAAUAAGAGACAUUUAUUGAAAACUACCUGGGGCAGCGGGGUAGGAGUGGUAUGUGUUGAAAAGGGUAUUUUACUUUUUUCUUUUUUAAAACAAAAGAGAGCAAAAAGCGGCGGCGGGGGGGGGGGGCGGUAGCGGAGCGAAACACAGAAUGGAUUUUAAAAUAUUCCUUCUGGAGAGAGGAAACUUGAAGUGCAUUUAAAUUGGACAAAUUUAGAAGAAAUUAAAAAGUCCGUUUUCAUUUUACCAAAUGGCUCUUAUGUCCUGUGCCCAUGUAUCUACCGCUAUUUUUGCAUAUUUUUAAACAUCUUCACUGGUUCCAAACCAGCCUAUGUGAUUCUGUAUUCUAAAGCUGUUUUUUUUUUGUUGUUGUUGUUGUGUUUUUAAUACUAAUAAUAAUUUUCUGAUAAUCACUACUUAAAACCUUUGUAAAAAGGUUAAUUAAGAAUUGAAAGUAAAUCAGCAAUAUAGGAAUACUUAUGAACGCUAAAACGCACUUAAAUUUGCUGUCCCAGUUAUGAACAUGAAUCCCGAAAAAUAACACUCUCUUAAAUCCCAUUUCAGACUUAAUGCACCAGGGUGCCACUAUUCAGUUUAAAACAGAUUAAACUGUUAGUCAAAUUACACUACCAGAGCUGCGGACUCUCUCUCUCUCUCUCUCUCUCUCUCUCUCUCUCUCUCUCUCUCUCUCUCUCUCUCUCUCUCUCUCUCUCUCUCUCUCUCUCUCUCUGUGUGUGUGUGUAUGUGUGUGUCAGUGUAUGUAUGUGGUGUGUGUUGCAGAGAGAAAGAGUGUUCCUUGCGACUGUUUUGAUGUUGCGACCUGCUCAAAUGUUCUUACUUUCAGUUCAAUGUAAUAAUUGUUUUGAACUGUGAACACUUGGUUAUUACUUGGUUUGACUAAUAACGUUUAUUUGUUCAAAGAUUUGUAUUAAAUUAUACGAAGUCCGUACACUUUGCGAUAUUGUCAAAAUGCUUAACUAUUGUUAAAGCCCAUUAAUAUGUAUUUUAACAGAAGCUAAGCAGUAAUAUAUAGAACGGCCCACAAAAGCCUCCCCAACAGACUUAAAGCAUUAAAAGUGCCUGUAAAGAGCGAAAUCACUGAUUUGUUAUUUAAACGUUAUUGUAUGUGUAGGCUAGCAAACGUGGGGAUGGAUUUUUACAAUUCAGUCUUAUGAUUGAAUAUUUCACUUGAAAACGAGGGAGGGGUGACAAUUAGAGGCAGUAUUCUUGUAAAUAUAUAGGUCAAUUCAUGGACUUUUUCUUAUACAAAAUAUAUGUGAUUAAGAAUAAAAACUGUGGUUGCCAUUUUUCUUUAAAUCAACUGUCUUCAAAAAUGAGUGGCAGAGUUAGCUAGUAGCACUGAUUUUCUUUUUUAUUUGUAUUGUACAUACAUAUUAAGACAAAUGUUUUUUUUUUCAUGUAUCUAGACUGUGAAUGCAUG